CUCUCUCACUCUCUUUCCAUGUCUUUCUCCCUUCUCCGUGUGAGGACUCUGUGACAGCUUUUCCUGCUGCUUGUAGCGAACGGCUGAAAGGGAGUGAACACGCGGCUGCUUGUAAUACAAACUCAAGCCGAGUCGCAUACACUGCUGAGCAGUCAUUGGACAGGACUGUGAAGGCUCUUCUCAGUUUAGGCUGUAUAAUGUAUUGAUGAAGUCAGUUCUGGACUAAACUUACCAAAAAGUCUAAUGAAGUGUGUGAUGCUGUAGGAAAACAGCUUUGAGAUUUCCAUGAGUCGAAGACCCAAGAUAUUCUGAGGACACGGGGCUGUAACCAGUGUGAGAAGCUUGAUCCAUCUAAAAAAAAAAAAAAGCAGUGCAUCAUGAGGAGGAACUGAUUGCUUUAUAUGGUUUUAAAAAAGAAGGACAAAGCCAGGAUGAAUGUGAAAAGGAAAGAGAUGGAUUUCUUGAGCAACACUAUUGCUGCUUAUGCUCACAUUAAAGCCAAUCCAGAGAGUUUUGGCCUUUACUUUGUCAUCGGUGUCUGUUUUGGCCUGGUGCUCACUCUUUGCCUCCUGGUCAUCCGGAUUUCCUGCAAGCCGCGGCCACUACGGCGCCCUCCACGCCAGAGAAAAAAACAGCUGAAAGACUAUAGUGAAGAGGAGGAAGAAGAUGAGGAAAGCGAUGAGGAGGAGGAGGAAGAUGCAGGAGGCCUAGAGUCCUCCAUCCGCCACAGCACCACAGAGAUCCCCAUGAGCAACCACCUCAUCACGCCGGACGGGACUCUGAGCAGGAACGUGUUCACCUCGGCCGAGGAGCUGGAGCGGGCACAGCGAUUGGAGGAAAGGGAGAGGAUCAUCAGGGAAAUCUGGAGAAACGGACAGCCGGACAUCCUGGGAACGGGGACGGGCACUAUUGGAAGAGUGCACUACUACUAACACUCACGGAUAUAAACUCAAGCCAUUUGACUGGUCGAGUGCAGUACUUUGAAAGACUGGUAAUGGACAGCGUUUCUUUUUUUUUAUACGACGGACUGAUGUUAUUGUAAUCCUACAGACCACGGGUACAGCUGUUCUGUAUGCGACAUUUGGACCGGGCAAGUUGCUAUCAGUUCCCAAGUCAUGGUGCUUAUUGAAAAGUCAUUUUAAAGCACAAUUUUAGACUUUGAUGUCUGAGUUGAUGCUUGAAACGUGUUUGUAAAUUGUAGGUGAUUAUUAGAAGCUCACUGAAAGCAAAUGCACUUUUGCACCACGCCAUUUAUUGUGUGUAGAUUUUUUACUUGCUAUUUUUGUAUUUGUUUAUAAACCCCCCCAUGUCAUAUCAUGCAUAAAGCCACGUAGCAAUAUAUCAAGAUGAUGAACGGAAAUUAAAAUUUGAUGCAUAUGAGAAUUUUCAUGAUUUAUAGUAAUUUGUCUAAGUAAAUAAUAAUUAAAAAGCUAAAUUCAUUUUUAAUGUUACAAUGUGAAAUCAUAUAAUGUAUGAUAUGAAAACUAGAUAUUACUCAGAGAUUUUCAAUGUUUAAGAUUAACUGUAAUAAUUGAGUUGGAUGGUGGUAAAAUGUAAAAAUAAAGAGGAUUUUUUAAAAUGAGCAUGCACAAUGAAAAAUCCAACAUCACCCAAUAUUGAUUUUAAAAAUGUCUAGUAUCAACUCAUAACUGAUAUGGUACUGAUAUAUAUUGUGCAUUCCUAAAUAAAGCCAAAGAACAUCCUGCUCAA